AUGCUCCAAUCGGGCGCUGCGCAGCGGCUCAUCCUGGUCGGUGGAAAGGGUGGCGUCGGCAAGACGUCGAGCUCGAGCGCCAUCGCAGUGCGGCUCGCCGACACGGGCCUCUCCACGCUCAUCGUCUCGACCGACCCGGCGCACUCUCUCUCGGAUGCGCUGAUGCAGGACGUGUCGGGCGGCUCGCCCGUCGGCGUGGCCGGGUGCGAGAACCUGCAGGCGAUGGAGGUCGAGACGGCCGACGCGGUCGACCGCUUCCGCGCCGCAGUCAGCGGCUUCCGCGCUGCCGACCUCGGGCUGGGCGGACUCGCAGAAGAG